CCCAACAGAGUAUUUGAGAUACGCUAAACUUAAUGAGCUAUGAAUAGAACUACCGAAUUUAUGUAGAUAUAUGUAUGUAUGUAUUUAUAUAAAUAUAAUACACAGCAAUCUUAAUUGCAUAAGCACCAACGAAUUUGAAUUAUUUUCUCCCCCACGUCUAUUAAGCACUUAGGCCUCCCACUUGAACUGCAACAAACACCAUCAGCAUUUCAUGUGACGCUUCCAAUUUGAAAUUCCUACAGGAAUAGAGAAGACUAGAGACGGCAUGCAAGUCACACUCCUGGCAUACACACCGAAGCACGUACAGCAACAGCAAAAACAACAAUACAUUAAUGCGUAUCGCAUGCCGUCGGGCACAUACAAUCAGACACAAGCAUUGUAAGACAGACAGAAACCAACACAUACACAUGCACACACAAGUAAUUGUACUUGCAUCCGUUGUACACUCAGUUAGGGGUUGUUCUCCUGCCAACCGUGCAGCGGUCGUCGAGCUCCGGUGAGUAUAAAAGCCACAGCAGUCAGAGACUCAACAUCAUUCAACUCGCAUCCUUCUUACUGAGUGCAUUCAACACAAAGUGUAAGCACGGUCGAGACGAGAAACCAAGCCACGUAAAGUAAUACCAGCAAACGAAUAAACAACAACAGCAACAACAUGUCGCCGAACACAAAAUCAGUACCACAACAAUCACAAUUUUACGCUACCAAAACGGAGCUGUACUUGAAGGUGAAGAAACCACUGUUGGAACGUCAACGUCGCGCCCGCAUCAACAAGUGUCUCGACACAUUGAAGACACUGGUAGCUGAGUUCCAAGGUGAUGAUGCCAUACUGCGUAUGGACAAAGCCGAAAUGCUGGAGUCGACAAUUGCCUUCAUGCGUCAACAUAGUCGCCGCCGUUCCGCGAUGCCUGCUGUGGCGCCACUUGAGCCGAUGGAUAGCUUCCGCAAUGGUUAUAUGAAUGCCGUCAAUGAAGUAUCGCGCGUUAUGGCCGCUAUGCCGGGCAUGAGCGUCAAUGUGGGCAAAUCGGUGAUGACACAUUUGGGUAGCGAAUUCAAUCGGCUAUUGCAACAACAGCAAGCGCAAACAAUCGUUGUAGAUGUGGAGGAUGAGAAGAUGAGCGAAAAAUUGGCGCGUCCAUCGAGUCGUGCCUCCUCGGGUUAUCACAGUGAUUGUGAACACGAUAGCCCAAUGCCAUCACCCGCACCUGUAGCCGCCACCGACUGCGCCACCUGGCGGCCAUGGCUGUAAGCGUUCGCUGCGUCCGACAAAUAUACGCUGCGGGGGCAUUACCAGCGCAACUGAGAGCUUUAAAUCAAGGCAACUUGAGUAACAACGAUUGUGUGUUAAGACUGUGAUCGCAUUUAUUUGCAUUGUUAUUGUAUCUUCCAAUAGAAACAACUCUAUGGCUUUAAUAGUUUGUAAGAAUUUAGAAAUUAUAAAAAAGAAUAAAAGCUUUAAUAGUUUGUAAGUUAAAAAAUUAUGAAGAAAAUAUAAAAGAAAUGAAAAUUAUUAACUAAAA